UCCAUCAGGCACUCAUCUUGAGGUCACUUGGACAAAUUAAUUCAACACUAAGAGGAAAAUGACAAACGCCAUCAAAAGACCUCUAUACCAAACCAUUGAGGGUUUGAGAAUUCCAUCUUUUUUUUCGCCAAAUUGCUUUAAAGAAGCUCUAACCUACAAGCCAUCGUCGAAUGAUGUCUUUAUUGUUACGUAUCCAAAAUGUGGAACAACAUGGAUGCAGAAUAUUGUUCUUUACAUAUUUCGGAAAGGACAGGAACUCGAAGACACGAAGGAUUUCAUUAGGAUGUGUCCUCACAUCGAAGAAGUGGGUUUAGAGGGAAUUGAGAGAAUGACAAGGCCUGGAGCGAUCAAGACACACCUUCCAUAUAAUAUGAUGCCGUAUUCCCCGGAAGCAAAAUAUAUUUUCGUCGCGCGCGAUCCAAGAGACUGCUGCGUUUCGUUAUACUACCACACCAGGAACAACCUCAAGUUUGGAUACUGGGAUGGACAGUUUGAUGAAUUCUUCGAGCUGUUCAUGGCCGGUGAAGUUGAGUUCAAUGACUACUACGACCACUUGUUGGGUUUGUACCCUCAUCGCAACGAUUCCCAGGUGUUCUUCACAAAAUACGAAGACAUGAAGAGAAAUGCGAAGGAAGUCGUUGUGAAUCUUUCAAGAUUCCUUGGACAAGAGUACAUCGAUGCUAUAGAGAAAGACAAUGCCGUGCUGAACAAUAUCUUACGAUUUAGCGGGUUUGAUUACAUGAAGAAGAAAUUGUCGCAUCUUUUUGGAGCAACAUCAAACGAAUCAAGUGAAGCAGAUGCCUCAAAAGAGAAAGAUAUGACGGAAUCGGAGAAGUACCUAGAGAAUUUUGUUAAAAGUCUAAACAUUCCGGAAAAUCCCCCGCAGUUAGAGUUCUUGAGGAAAGGAUGCGUAGGAGAUUGGCGAAAUCAUUUUUCACCUGAACAAAGAGACAGGUUUGAAGCGAAGUUUCUAGAAAGAACUAAAGGCACAGAAAUUCAAGAAUGGUACGGAACAAAUUAAGAGAUUUUAUCUGAAAAUAUAAUUAUAUGCAUUUUUCUACACUAGGCAGUCGUUUUAUCCAAUGAUUCCAAUAGCAAUGGCAGCGGAGGGAAGUUGAUUCGAAGUGUUUUUCUUUGUGUCUAUCAGAUUUAUCUAUUAAUAUUGGCUACUAAUGUAAAAUUGUUUGUAAAAGGGCAGAAAUUGAAAUUUUGUUUCAAUAUUCAUAUAAUUACUUUUUGUUAGUCGGAUACAGAAAGUGAAAUUUAAACUAUUGUGAAAUAACAGUUAUGAUACCUAUUGGAAUAAAUUGAAGAAAAAAAGUC